CUUUAGCAUUUAAUAUGGAACGAUUGUGUACUGUAAUUAUUCUUUUAUACUUUCAAAUUAUUUAUUGUUCACGAGGGGAACUACUCGGUGCAAACAAUAAGCAUAUGUAUAUAGAAAUAGACGUAGAAGUGAUGGGUUUAAAUCUGGCGCACUGAAAUCUUAUCAAUCAGUAAAGGAUAUUCCAAACUUCGAAACUUCGGUAAAGUUUUAUUGAGAACAACGCUUUAUAAUUCAAAUAAAUGUAUGUAAUAAUACAUAAUACAUAUCCAGUCAGCAAAAUCUGCAAAACACAGGAUUUCGUUAGGCCUGCUGUAGGAUCUAACGGCAGACUGGCAGCAGAAUGCGCCAAUCCCUGACAUCUUAUAUCUGUGGUUUAUUUCGCACAUACACAGGCACAUAGCGUGAGUUGCCUGCCACUGUGGAUAGAACAGGAUGGAACAGAACGAGUCGUCGUCGUCGCGGUGGUCGCGGUCGUGGAUCGCAGUGGACAAGUUCGUCGCGUGGUGAUAGUGAUUCGUAGGUCCUAUUCUUCGGUUGCUCAACGUAGUUUAAGUGAAAUCGCAGAUAAAUAUGUGGCUGGAGGAAUGCGACAGUUUCGCGGAGCUAUGCCGAGGAUAUCUGCCGUACUAUUUAUUGAUAAUCCUGCCGAUUUUUAUUAUUAUCUCUCCGGUUAACCCAGUCGCCGCAUCCCAUGAAUUCCCCGUUUAUCGAAUGCACCAAUACGACCUGCACGGCGUGCCACACGGUUGCCGCAGUGCACCGAUUUCACUGGAGGCGAUAUCCUUUAUGAGUUGGAGAGGCUCUAGGCACUGUAUUGUGACGAAUGCUUUGUACAUCACUGCGAGCAUGUUUCACAUCAUCAGGCACAGGGCCGGUGCUUUGGUACUGGUUCUGCCAGAGAAAAUCACCGACCUGACUCUGGAGGAGAAACAGCAUAUAAUGAGCUUGGAAGAGUUCAUGCUCUUUGGCCCUGAAACACCUAUUCCAGUAUACUUUACUGCAUGGCAUCCCAAUCUACAAGCGAUCUUGGACGACCUGUCCGCCGGUUCGGUCACUGACGAAAAGUCCGGCUCUGCGGCCGAGGCAAUGUUCAAUUCCAUAUCUGCGAGCGGUUAUCAGGUGGUGGUGGCUGCCGGGCAAGCGUUGGCAAAGACAGACGUAAAAGUGGCUACUUUACACGGGAAGUUGACGGGCACAGGUGCCGAAGAGAAGUUGCCGACGAUAGCUCUAGUCACGCAUUACGAUAGCUCCGGUGCUGCACCCGAGUUGUCUUUUGGAGCAGACAGCAAUGCAUCUGGAGUGGCCAUGCUGUUGGAGAUAGCGCGAUUGUUUUCUAUUUUGUACUCCACUAGCAAAUCGAGACCUCAGUACAAUCUCGUCUUCAUAAUGACCGGCGCUGGAAAACUGAAUUACCAGGGUAGUAAAAAGUGGCUGGAGGAUCAGCUGGACGGCCUCGAGGGCUCGAUAAUACAAGACGCAGCUUACGUCAUUUGCUUAGACACGGUGUCUACCGGUGACGAUCUUUACGUGCACGUAUCGAAACCGCCGAAGGAGAAUUCUACGGGCGGUAUGUUCUACAGGGAACUGAAGGCCGUGUCUGAAUCUAUGAACAGUACCGUCGAGGGCGUGCAUAAGAAAAUAAAUCUGGCGGAGGAGACACUGGCUUGGGAGCACGAGAGAUACAGUAUCCGUAGAUUACCAGCUACGACGCUGUCCACGUUGAAGAGUCAUGACGAUCCGAUCAGGACAUCGAUAUUGGACGUAAUGCAAGCGAAACAGAUAGACAGACUGUACAAACACACCCAGUUAGUGGUGGAAGCGUUAGCGAGACAUAUAUAUAAUUUGAGUUCUAGUCAAAUCUUCGUCGAUCCGCUGGAUGUUUCCAAGGAAUCGUUAUCUCUGUGGUUUACUUACUUAGCGUCGCAGCCGAGGGCUGCCCCGUUAUUAGCAGACAAAAAUAACAUGCUGGUGAGCACGUUGAAAGAGGCGAUGUCCAGAUACCUCGGAGACGUAAAGGUCGCCUUGCACAGUCCUGACAAGCAGGACCCGGAAUUCGUGUUUUACGACGUUACAAAAGCAACGCUGAACGUGUAUAGCGUGAAGCCAGCUGUGUUCGAUCUCUUCCUCACAAUCGCCAUCAUUCUGUAUUUGGGUGUUAUUUAUGUGAUCGUGCACAAUUUUCCACGCGCAUAUUCCUUAGCGACUCGUUUCUCCGCGAACAAUAAAACGUAAUGAAACCUCUCUCUCUCUCUCGAAUCAAAUCGUCCCGUUUGUUGCAUUGUAAAAAGUCGCUACACUACUUUUUUUUUAAAAAAAGAGGAAUCUAAUAUAUAACGUCGUAAGUCUAAGAAUGAAACGAAACAUGUACAUUAAAAUAUCCGCUGGUAUUCUUUGAUCAAAGGGUAUCUACUUACACGUCGUAAGCGUUAACGUAGGUGUUUAGAUUUUACACGUGAGAACACUCGUCCACGCGUUACUCUAUCCCGAAAAUAAAAGUAAAGUUACACAGUUAAGAUAGAUGCUACUUCUCGUUCUAUGGUAAAUGUGUAAGGGUACGUGAUAACUAAGACCAACAGUAACAAAACAGACCAAAUAGUGAGAUUUCAAAAUGCAAUUUAUAAAACGAAGACUGGCGAAUUUAAAUGAAACACAGAACGUGAAAAUUCCGAACUGUGUAUAAGAUAUACCAGAACGCUAGUUUUAUUUACUUGCAGAUCUUUCUCUUUAUAACUCUGUUGUAACGAUCUAAUUGUAUCGCGAUGUGACUUCGCGUACAACAGAUGAAUUGUUUCCUUCUUAAAAACCCAGACUACUAUUUGCCAAACGUUUACUGAAAUUGAUGAAUUUAAUGAUAGAGCAUAAUAAAUACUUAUUAAUUUAAGUACGACUAUACGAAAUGUAAAAAAACUUGUAAAAUAAACCAAAUAGAAAAUGA